CAUUAUACGCGUUUAAAUUAUACUCGUAUGAUAGGGCUGGGCUUGUGAAAUAUUCAUAAGUACCUUGAAAUCGUACUUGUAAUUUAUAUUGGCCAAACAGUUGCUUGAAGACUUUUCUCUCAUUGUAUUAAUGUAAGUUUGUAAAAGUGUUUAAGAUAAGCUUUGAAAAGAGUAUUUAAACCAGUGUUUUAUCAAUAUUUUUUGACGCAUACAAGACAAAUCUGAAAUAUGGGAGCGCUAACAUUCGUGGGCAGGAUUGUUUUGGUCGUUCUAAACAUCAUUUUCAUCCUUACAUCUCUGGCGCUGAUCAUCGGGGGCUUUAUCUUGAAAUUUGGAAAUGAAGUACUUAGACCUCGGAUCGAAAGCGUUCUUGAUGAUAUUGAAAAUGCUGCCCAAAGCGUUUAUAGUGACUCAAGUUUCAACCUGGACGACUUCGACUACUCUGCCCUGGUCAGUGACCUCGCCAUUGCCAUGAUCUGUGUUGGGUUUGCCUUGCUUGCUGUCUCAUUUCUGGGAUGCUUUAGUGCCUGUUGCAACAUCAGCACACUUGCACUUGUGUACGCUAUCAUAUUGAUUGCUCUAUUUCUGGGCCAAGUGGUGUUAAUUAUUCUGAUAUAUGCGUCUCCAGACACAUUCAAAACCCACCUGAAUAGCAAACUGGUUGAUUCAAUAGACAAAUAUGAAGGACUUCGUGGAACAACGACGACUUCUAUGGGCUGGAAUUUCGCAAUGCAGCAGUACAGUUGUUGUGGCGCUAAUAACUAUGCCGAUUUUGAAAACCGAGGGACUUGGAAGACAUCAAGCACGGACGGCGUAAACAACCUGACACCUACUACAUGUUGCAAGACACUACCCUCUGACACAUCCGGGAAGUCUGCGUGUGCUGGGGACGCGACUGAUACCAGCUACGACACGACAGCAGAGAUUGAGAGCCUGUCGAACCUUAAUAAUGGUUGCACCGACGCUCUCUGGAAAUCAGUUAUCAACGACCAAAAUGCGAAAUACAUCCCAGUUAUAAAAUUUUGUCUCGGUGCUCAGUUGGCGUUAAUCAUCUUCGCAAUCCUGAUAUUCAAAGACAGGGGGAUAACUGGUGGACUGAUAUAAACAGAGACGUGAUAAACAAGACAUAACUGGUGGACUUAUAUAGACAGAGACGUGAUAAACAAGACAUCUGAUAUAAAACGACUGUGAUAUUUAUUUGAUUUAAUUGGAUAAAUGAUGAGGUAUUCUUAAAACACAUGGGUGGUAAAAUUGCAUUCAUCAUUAGAGAAGAAUGUAUGUGUCUGGAAACGUUGAUUUUGUGAAAUUGUAUAUUUUUAUAAACAUGUUAAACAGUGUGUUUUUUAAAAAUUCUGUGCUGGAUCACAAACAUGUUUUAUGUAGAUAAUUAUGUUAUUAUAUGAUAUUUUCUUUCAGCUUUUAACUCGUGUUUCACGAUUUUUUCUAAAGCUAUAACACCAUCUUUAUCGGUAGCUUAUUUGAUGCGUGAGUGAUCUGUGCUGUAUAUAUUUCUGUACGUGGUGUUCGUUCUUUUAUGACUCAAGUUCAUCGUCGUUAUGGCCCUUGCCUUGUGCCUCCUACCAGGGUUAAUUCUGAAUGUUUGACUACAUUGCUUGGCCCUUUUGUUCUUUUUGUAUUGAUACCCGUGUCCGAGUUUACAUUGAACUAUUAAAGUUCCUACCUACAACAUUAAACAAAGCCAUCCUAAUAUCUGUUAAGCUCAAUUAUAAACUAUGUAUUAUGUUUUUAAUGAAUUUUGGCUAGACUAUUACCUGUAAAUAGCGCAUAUUUCUUCCUUAAUAUCAAAGACAAAUUCUGAAGCAACAUUUGAUGAGAUUAACAGAUCUCGUAACAAAACGUGAAAGUAAUUUCAAGCAAAGACACGUUUUGAAAUUAACUUUUGCAGUAUAUAUAUAUAUAUAUAUAUAUAUAUGUAUGUAUCACCCAAUGGUGUUUUAUUUAUAAUGAAUUCAAUACUUGUGCAUACAUACCAUGCUCUAUACUUUGCCUACAGAGCUGUUUAACACAUGUCUAUUUUAAUGUAAUAUAUUUCCAGCUGUUUGCUUAAUCGUAAUGUAUUAAUGCGUCAUCUUGAUCAUUCUAUGCGUUUAAACCCCAUUCUUUAAGAUGAGUACACAUAUACCACCACUCACAAAAACAAAAUCAUUAAUGGAAAUCAAUGCAUGUAUGUAUUAGGCCGCACAUCUAUGGAAAGUUGCCCGUUAACUUUAUUCUUAAACCUCAUAAAAUUUCAUUAAAUAUGGUUUUAAUUUGAACUUUAUUUUGUAUCGAUACAUUUUAUUUUGUAUUACCAAUGUCAUAAUAUACUGUGUAUUUAGUUUUCUGUUAACCUUCUUAUAGCGUAUAUUGGCACCAGGGACCGUAUUCAAUAAGCGUCUUAGUAACAAUUUUCAACUUAGUGAAAAAUAAAUAAAAUCUAAUUUAAAUUAUAAGAAAACGAUCAAUGUUUGUACACCAAAAAAAUGGUCUAAACAACAUAUGGAUAUGAAUAUAUCAGAGGAAAAGUAGCGGGUAAUUAAAAUAAUCGAUGUCAAAAGUUACGAAAUGAUCACUAAGUUGAAAAUAUAUUUACUAAGUUGCUUAUUGAAUACGGCCCAAGGGGCUACCUUUAACAAUAAUGACAUUCUCGGUGUUACCUCAAUGGUUUAACUUGACGACGUUAAAUUCUGUCUUGGUGACAAAAUAGACUCUGUGUUAAAUAAUGGACUACAAAAUAGUUAUUACGGACUUGUAUGCUGUUGGAGUAUAUAAAUUGUAUAAUAAACUUGCAUCUUC